AUGGUCACGUCAGACUCUUCGAUCCUAACUCCCCACCGCAACAAUCGUGCGCCGUGCGACAGCUCUUAUUCCGCACGCGACAGUGCCGCAGGUCAGACGUAUCUUACGUUGGUUCUUACGUUCUUCCGAAGAACAUCCAUCACAAUACACCUCCAAACAAACGAGUUCAAAACAAUACCCAGUGGUAAAGUUAACAGUGUGACCCUGUGCAGAUUUGGAUAUUUCACAGUCAAAAUUGUAUUACAAUCAACUACGAGUACACGCAACGAGCGGUCCUUCCAAAUCAAGAAGCUUAGGUUACAAAUACAAAUCCACAACAUUCCAACAACAGAGCUGCUCUUGGUCGUCCAACGUAAGUAAACGCAACAAUAGCACA